UCCCCCGCUGAGCCAGCGCCCGGCCGGGGCGCCGCCCGGCACCAUGGUGCAGAAGUCGCGCAACGGCGGCGUGUACCCCGGCCCGAGCGGGGAGAAGAAGCUCAAGGUGGGCUUCGUGGGCUUGGACCCCGGCGCGCCCGACUCCACCCGGGACGGCGCGCUGCUCAUCGCCGGCUCCGAGGCUCCCAAGCGCGGCAGCAUCCUGAGCAAGCCGCGCGCCGGAGGCGCGGGCGCCGGGAAGCCCCCGAAGCGCAACGCCUUCUACCGCAAGCUGCAGAAUUUCCUGUACAACGUGCUGGAGCGGCCGCGCGGCUGGGCGUUCAUCUACCACGCCUACGUGUUCCUGCUGGUCUUCUCCUGCCUCGUGCUGUCGGUCUUCUCCACCAUCAAGGAGUACGAGAAGAGCUCGGAGGGAGCACUCUACAUCUUGGAAAUCGUGACCAUCGUGGUUUUCGGUGUGGAGUACUUUGUGCGGAUCUGGGCGGCGGGCUGCUGCUGCCGGUACCGCGGCUGGAGGGGGCGGCUCAAGUUCGCCCGGAAGCCCUUCUGUGUGAUAGACAUCAUGGUGCUCAUCGCCUCCAUCGCUGUGCUGGCCGCUGGGUCCCAGGGCAACGUGUUCGCCACGUCGGCGCUCCGCAGCCUGCGCUUCCUGCAGAUCCUGCGCAUGAUCCGCAUGGACCGGCGUGGCGGCACCUGGAAGCUGCUGGGCUCCGUGGUCUACGCCCACAGCAAGGAGCUGGUGACGGCUUGGUACAUCGGUUUUCUGUGCCUCAUCCUGGCCUCCUUCCUGGUUUACUUGGCGGAGAAGGGGGAGAACGAUCACUUUGACACUUACGCUGAUGCCCUGUGGUGGGGCCUGAUCACCCUGACGACCAUUGGUUAUGGAGACAAGUACCCCCAGACCUGGAACGGGAGGCUCCUGGCCGCGACCUUCACCCUCAUUGGCGUCUCCUUCUUCGCUCUUCCCGCGGGCAUUCUGGGGUCUGGCUUUGCUCUGAAAGUUCAAGAGCAACAUCGGCAGAAGCACUUUGAGAAGAGGCGGAACCCUGCAGCGGGCCUGAUCCAGUCGGCCUGGAGGUUCUACGCCACCAACCUGUCCCGCACGGACCUCCACUCCACGUGGCAGUAUUACGAGCGCACGGUGACUGUGCCCAUGUACAGCUCGCAAACUCAAACCUACGGGGCCUCCAGACUCAUCCCGCCUCUGAACCAGCUGGAGCUUCUGCGGAACCUUAAGAGCAAAUCCGGGCUCACCUUCAGGAAGGAGCCUCAGCCGGAGCCGUCUCCCAGUCAGAAGGUCAGUUUGAAAGACCGUGUCUUCUCCAGCCCCCGAGGUGUGGCUGCCAAGGGCAAGGGGUCCCCUCAGGCCCAGACCGUCCGGCGGUCUCCCAGCGCCGACCAGAGUCUGGAGGACAGCCCAAGCAAGGUGCCGAAGAGCUGGAGCUUUGGGGACCGCAGCCGGGCGAGGCAGGCCUUCCGGAUUAAGGGCGCUGCGUCCCGACAGAACUCGGAAGAAGCAAGCCUCCCCGGGGAAGACAUUGCAGAAGACAUUAAGAGCUGCAACUGCGAGUUUGUGACAGAAGAUCUGACCCCGGGCCUCAAAGUCAGCAUCCGGGCUGUGUGUGUGAUGCGGUUCCUGGUGUCCAAGCGCAAGUUCAAAGAGAGCCUGCGGCCGUACGACGUGAUGGACGUGAUUGAGCAGUACUCGGCCGGCCACCUGGACAUGCUGUCCCGUAUCAAAAACCUGCAGUCCAGGAUAGAUAUGAUUGUGGGCCCCCCACCCCCUUCAACUCCCCGGCACAAGAAGUACCCCACCAAAGGACCCACGGCCCCUCCGAGAGAGUCACCCCAGUACUCACCUAGAGUGGACCAGAUCGUGGGGCGGGGCCCGGCGAUCACCGACAAGGACCGCACCAAGGGCCCGGCCGAGGCGGAGCUGCCCGAAGACCCCAGCAUGAUGGGACGGCUGGGAAAAGUGGAGAAGCAGGUCCUGUCCAUGGAGAAGAAGCUGGAUUUCCUCGUGAACAUCUACAUGCAGCGCAUGGGCAUCCCCCCAGCGGAGACGGAGGCCUACUUUGGGGCCAAGGAGCCGGAGCCGGCGCCGCCGUACCACAGCCCCGAGGACAGCCGGGAGCACGGGGACAGGGGCGCCUGCAUCGUCAAGCUUAUCCGCUCAGCCAGUUCCACGGGCCAGAAGAACUUCUCGGCGCCCCCGGCCCAGUGCCCGCCCUCCACCUCGUGGCAGCAGCAGUGCCCCCCGCGCCAGGGCCACGGCACCUCCCCCGUGGGUGAUCCUGGCUCGCUGGUGCGGAUCCCGCCCCCACCCGCCCACGAGCGGUCGCUCUCGGCCUACAGCGGGGGUCCCCGGGCCAGCACGGAGUUCCUGAGGCACGAGGGGGCCCUGCGGGACAGCGACACGUCCAUCUCCAUCCCGUCGGUGGACCACGAGGAGCUGGAGCGCUCGUUCAGCGGCUUCAGCAUCUCCCAGUCCAAGGAGAACCUGGACGUCCUCAACACCUGUGGUGCGGCCGCCGCGCCCUGCGCCAAAGUCAGGCCCUACAUCGCGGAGGGCGAGUCAGACACGGACUCGGACCUCUGCACCCCGUGCGGUCCCCCGCCACGCUCCGCCACUGGGGAGGGCCCUUUCGGCGACGUGGGCUGGGCCGGGCCCCGGAAAUGAGGCCACCCGCUGGCCUCUCCCUGACUCUCGGCCUUCCAGGUGUGCGGACGGGACUCUCCCGGGCCCUUUCCUCAGAGCGACACGGGUGGGGCAGGCUGGGGGCACCAGGUCUCACGUGGCGAAGGCUGACAAGAGUUUCUUUUCUAACGAGGGGCAGCCAGGCCGGCCGUGCCCACUGUGAGCCCGUUGGCGCGGGUGCGAGUGGGGGUGACAGCUGAGGACAGACCCCCGGCAGUGGGGAGGAGGCAUAGGGCGCGGGUGAGGGUGGCUGCUGCGGAAGGGUCGGUGGCCUUGAGGCUUAGAGGGGAGGGAGCCACGGCCUGUGCCUGCGGCUGCAGGAGGUACGGCUGCCCCUUGAGUGUGGCUUAUCCUUGUCCCUCGGUCCCUGCCCCCGCUGUCCCCACACGGCAGGCAUGGUGAUGGGCUGUCUUCCAGAGAGCCGCUGGUCAGCACCACCUCCCCCCACCCCCGGGUCCGCACCAGUCCCGAGUCCAGAAUGCUGGCCUGGACAGGAAGGGGUGAGGUGAGGCCCCAGCACCUCCCAGCGUGGGCUCCUGGGGGGCGGGGCUGCUCCCUAGGCCUCUGGAAGAGGGUCCUCAGAGGCUCCCACAGCCAGGAGAUCUGGGGAUGGGCAGCCCGUGUUCUGUCUGUUCUGCUCAGGCUGGGCACCAACCACCAGGCCACGACCAGCUCUGAAAGGAGACCUGUGCGCAGGGAGUGCGCUGGGUGGCUUGGGGCACGGCCAGGCUGGGCUCCUGUUUCCAGAUCCCAGGGCCAGGGGUUUGGUGACCAGAUUCACAUGGUGUCUUUCACUGGGGGUCUUGCCUCCCUGGUCCAUCCCUGGGACCUUGACAGGACCGGGGCAGGACAAUGAUGUUCUAAGGCCUGGGAAAACCCUUCAAAGCCUCUUGAGGGCUGUGGGGUCCCCUCCCUCUGCAGGGUUCAAGCAGCUCUCUCCUGUAGGAAGCCUCUUUUGUCCCCACUGGAGCUGACCGUCCACUCACCUGCUCUCCACUGACGUGUCCCUUGGCUGGGACUUCUUGAGAUUCAAGGAUGCCCAUCUCCACCCUGGGCCUCAAGGAGCAGGCACCCCCAUCUCUCCUGUCCCCUUGGCCCCAGGGACAGCAGCUGUGGGGUUUCCCUUCUGGGCACUCAGCGCUCAGUGUGUGCAGGUGUCUGGCAGUUGGGACCACGGGUCUGGUCACCUGGCGCUCUCUGAGGUGGUGACCGCGUGUGCACUAGAGCUGGACGCAGCCAAGCCCGCUGUGGAGCGACUUGCCCUGAAACCUACCUCUCGGGAGAGCCCCGCUGCGACUGGGGCUGGAAGUGGCCAGUAACAGAGUCGCUCCUGUCCUCUGGGAAGUGCGCAGGAAGCUGUGCUGAGGGUCCCGGGCUCUGGGCCUGGGGUCCUGCGGCUCUCCUUGGGGACUCGUGUCUGUUGAGCAGGCGGGGCCAUGGCUGCGGGCGCUGCCCCUUCCCCUGAUCCUGCUCUGGGCACCUCCUUGCCUGAUGGGCAGCCAGAGGUUGGGCCAGCCUGUGUUUGCCCAAGGGUGACGUCCAGAGCGGGAGGACGAAGGCUCAGAGUUGGGAACCUCUGCUCGUGUCGGGGACCCGGCACGAGGACACCCCCUCCCCAGCCUUGGGGAGGGGCAGGCGUGGAGGUGAGUGGCCCCACGGCCUGGAGGGGAGGCGUUCUGCAGCUCUGCUGGUUUUCCCUCACGCUGAUGAACUGUGUUCCUGAGGGCAGUGUUUCUCUGGCCUUGGGCCUCGCAGUGGUGAGAAGUCCUUGCCAGUGCAGAUGCCGUGAGCCCCUGAUGUGGCCUGUGUGUCGUGGCCCUGCAGGCUGGCCCUCCCAUCGCUGCCUGCCUCUGGGCUCGGUGCCCUUUACCCUCCUGCCACGGGGGACUCGGGCUGCAGGCCCCUGGGCAGGGCAGGAACCACGGGGUGGCACGGCCACAUCCGUCCCCAGCUCUGGCCCCGUGCCAGCAACGGGGACCCCUCCGCUGCCGGGUCUUGGUCGUCAGGGGCUCCAGGACCUGGGAGGAGGGGGCUCCAGGGCCUGUCCCCCAAACUCCCUGUGCCAUGCGCCCUUGGGAGCCAAGGAAGCCGGCCUCGGAGGGGCAGGGGGUCCCCUAGGCUGCAGCGGGAGGGACGGGUCGGCCUGCCGGCAGGUCCCACAUCCAGGGAGGGUGUGAGGCCUCCUGCAUGGAGUCUCUGCCCCCUUGGAAGGGAAGCUGGUUUCGGGUACAGGCGGGAGAGAUGGUAUUGUAAAGGUGUCUCCUUGAGACCCGCAGAGCCAGGCCCAAGCAGCGUGCGCACCCCGGGUCCCGCCUCCAGAGGGGUAAGAGCAGGAAGAGGCCGGUGCUGUCACGGGGCGUCUGCGGGGCGCAUGUGACCGGAGUGGGGCUCAGGGCAGCUGUCACCCCUUGGCAGGUGCGGCAGGGUUUCCUGAGGUCUGGGGGAGGCUGGAGUCUGCUCACACUCAGCUCGCAUCUGGGCACACACACACGUGCACGCACAUUCACUGAGCUCCUGACUCCCGUGGCCUUUCGUUUGCUUUCUGUCUGGGUCUGCCCACUUCAAGCCCCAAGGAAUGGACACAUGGAGUGACAGGUGCUCCUGUGCCCAGGCUCCUGGGCAGCACGGGCAGAGGGGCCCCCUGGCCCCAUCCGGGGUCCCACACGCCUCACAUCCGCUGCCCAGCAGCUGUCCAGAGCCUCUGGUCGGCUGGAUGCCACCUCACGGUGUGGACUGAGCUGGGAAGCUCUGGGCAUCCAGUUGUGACCCUGGGGCCCUGGCCACCUCCCUCUGCCCUCCUUGGCCAUGUGGGUGUUGUCCCCUCUCUCCCUGGCAUAUUGAGGCCCCGCAUCUCCCCCUUGUCCACAUGCUCUGAGCCGUGACCUUGCUAGUCCUCCCUGGAGGAUGGAGGGGCCCUGGCUACGUGGCAGAGGCUCCCCCUGGCCUGUCCACCUGUCCCCUCCCCGUGGAAGGCCACCGUCAUCCCCACCUGUGGGGUCUGCUCUCAAGCCCCGUUUGGACGCUCCGGGAGCCCGCCCUGCCGGGACUGCUGUGUGGAAGCCUACGGGCUUAGGGCAGGUCUGGACCUGCCCCGCAGCCAGCCCUACUCCCUGAGCCCAGAGCACACGAGCCAGCCAGGCACGGUCGACGUCUUUAAUUUGGUGAUUUGGCUUAACUGACCUUCUCCCCUCGUACUAGGCUGGAGUCCCCCGGUGGUCACCGAUUCGACACAGUAACACAGAAGCCAAGGGGGCGGCAUCCUCUCC